CAUAUGACCCGGUGCACUUCUCAGCAGGCGGCGACUUCAACGGUACCGCUGAAGUUAAGAGAGUGACAAUGUGUAGAAAAGCGCUGUGAGCCGGUAACGUUUGUGCUGUUUGCGCUGCUCCGAAGAAACUAAGCGACAUAAGUUUUAUCUAGAAGGACUGGUUUAUAUCGGAUAGCGGAUCUAAAUGCUCUACAAUCAUCAUGACAAGUAAACAGGAGGCUAAAUCGGGAUUUUAAAAACACCUAGAAGGUAACUCGGCUCAGAACAUCAAGGAAGUUAACGUUUUAACUGUAGCUAACUGACGUCGCCAGUUCGUUACAUUUUUAGGUUGUUUAGUAAAAGACACUGUCUAUACUGUAACUUUACCGGGUUGGCUUAAACACCACUGAAAACCUAAAAGCUUCGAAUUCAGAUCAGUUUCCCGAGCUAUUUCACUUUACAAAGGACUGACUUUCGCCUGGUUCGCAUUAAGAGGAUUUCCACUUUAACCGAAGUAAACAGUGGGCAUUACCAUACCGGUACCAAGGAGCUGAAUGGCCUCUGUUGUAGCAGUGAAAACUGAGAAGCGGCCUGCAGUGGAUUCUCAGGAUGCAGACUCCAAUGCUAAAAAGCCCAGGAAACUGCUGCCCAGUCUGAAGACUAAGCGAGCCCCCGAGCUUGUCCUGGUGAUUGGUACGGGGGUAAGCUCCGCAGUGGCUCCUCAGGUCCCUGCUCUCCGCUCCUGGAAGGGCCUCAUCCAGGCCUUGCUCGAUGCAGCCAAUGACUUUGACCUACUGGAGGAAGAGGAAAAUCGGCGGUUCCAGAAGCACAUGCAGGAAGACAAGAAUUUGGUGCAUGUGGCCCAUGACCUCAUUCAGAAACUUUCCCCGAGAACAGGUAAUGUAAGGUCCACGUUCUUCAAGGACUGCCUGUACGAAGUGUUUGAUGAUUUGGAGUGUAAGAUGGAGCACGCAGGGAAACACUUACUGCGGUCAGUGCUGCAGUUAAUGGAGAGCGGCGCACUGGUUCUCACUACCAACUUCGACAACCUGCUGGAAAUUUAUGCAGCCCAUCAGGGCACCAAGCUGGAGUCUUUGGACCUGACAGAUGAGAAGAAGGUGCUGGAGUGGGCUCAGGAGAAACGGAGGUUAAGUGUUCUGCAUAUCCACGGUGUUUACACCAACCCCAGUGGUAUCGUACUGCACCCUGCUGGCUAUCAGAAUGUAUUGAGGAACACUGAGGUUAUGCGUGAGAUUCAGAAGUUGUACGAGACCAAAUCCUUUGUCUUUCUGGGCUGCGGCCGCACAGUAGACGACACAACCUUCCAGGCUCUGUUCUUGGAGGCGGUUAAACACAAGUCGGACCUCGAGCACUUCAUGCUCGUGCGGCGAGAGGAUGUGGGAGAGUUCAAGAAGCUGCGCGACAACAUGCUUGACAAGGGCAUCAAGGUCAUCUCCUAUGGAGACGAGUACGCUGACCUGCCUGAGUACUUUGAGAGGCUGGCCAAUGAGAUCUGCAACCGUGACGUGUCCACCAAUGGCUGGGGAUCCCCGUCACAGAACGGAGAGGAACAGCAGAUCGGUAUUAACACACAGAAAAGCCUCCUUCAAGGUUAAGACUGAACUCGUCUCUUUGGCUCUGACCUGCGGCCUCUCGCUAAAGACAUUUUCAGACUAAACGUCCUGUUCAGAACUGUUUUCUGAAUGUAUGCUGGUAGAAAAUCCAAGUCUGUCUUGAUUUUUAGUUACAAAAAAAAAACAAAAAACCUACUGGUAUUUUUUUCCACAAACUGGUGUGGCAGUAUUAACAAUUGUCAGUGGCAUCAUUUCAGUAGAUGUUCUUUGACUUUUUUUAAGCUUUUCAGACAAUUCCUUCCACUUCUUUUCAACCCCAUACUCUUGACAGAUGCAUUUUCCUCCACAGCUUUACUCACAGAUCAAGUCUGAUUUUGUUGAAUACAUUUAGGAAUCUAUGGGGAACCUUAAUUACAUCAUUAUUUUUCAGAUUCCCUUCUCAUUCCGUUUUUAACUAAAAGGGAAAAAAGUCUGCCUGGCAUCCCCUACUAUACUGGAUUGAAAUGUUGCUGGAACAUCCACUUUGUGGGAAGCAUCCGGGUAACUGAAUGGGAUGUUCCCUUUUCAGUUCGACAGAAACACUACAUGUGAAUCCACAGUAGUUAAACAUGCUGUUAUGCUGAAUUUUCAACAUACAGUAAAUCUGCAUUGAGCUUAACGCACAACCCCUUCUCUCGAUUUUAAGUCUUGUGUGAAUGGAUUGAAUCAGUCAUGCUCAUCCCACAACCUGGAAAACUUGAUUUGCACACUGCUUGGUGGGGAAAGGGACGAGUUACUGUAACGACUGUCGUAAAAACGUACAUUCAGAUGUUUUCAUAUCAGAGCGGUUCCCGGCAGUAGCAACCUCUUUGCCACUCUUGUGCUGAAAAUAAAGAAAAAAAAAAGUUCUUUAAAAGCCCCUUUUUGUACUUUUAAUACUUGCAUGUGUUUUCUGAUGUAGUAUUUAUAAUAAUAAGCACCAUUUUCAAAAUAAAGCUUUUGGUAUUCCA